ACGAUGUGAUACAAUAGUUAGCUCAGAGUGAAUUCAAUCAAACGGUUCAAACAAUCAUGGGUUCUAUGCCUAACACUACGGUGGCUCAGCCGCCGCCGCAGCUAGACCUGGAGGAUAACAGUCGAAACGAGAGAGCCCAGUGGUUGAUUAAUUCACCUGAGCCUCCUAGUUUUUGGCAGGAACUUGUUGGUACAAUCAAAGGAAGUUUCUCCAGUCAUGGACGAAAGCUUUCCUCAUCGACCACCAUGGGGAAACGUGCCAUGUCCUUCUUCCAGGGUUUGUUUCCAAUCCUCAGCUGGGGAAGGACUUACAAGGCUUCCAUGUUUAAACAUGAUUUAAUGGCGGGUUUAACACUUGCAAGCCUUAGCAUUCCUCAGAGUAUUGGAUAUGCUAAUAUAGCAAAACUUGAUCCUCAAUAUGGCCUAUACACAAGCGUUGUCCCACCUCUUAUUUAUGCGCUGAUGGGGAGCUCAAGAGAGAUAGCUAUUGGACCAGUAGCGGUGGUUUCGAUGCUGCUGUCUGCCAUGGUUCCCAGCCUGGUGGAUCCUACAGUUGACCCCAUUGGGUACACGAGGCUAGUGUUCACUGUGACAUUCUUUACCGGAACUUUCCAAGCCAUAUUUGGACUGUUUAGAUUGGGGUUCCUGGUGGAUUUUCUUUCACAUGCUGCAAUUGUUGGAUUCAUGGCGGGUGCAGCCAUUGUCAUAGGCCUUCAACAACUGAAGGGACUAUUUGGACUGAGUCACUUCACCACCAAGACUGAUGUCGUAUCAGUUUUGACCUCGGUUUCCAAAUCAGUUCCACAUGAAUGGUACCCUCUGAAUUUCAUCCUGGGUUGCUCCUUCCUGGUAUUCCUACUAGUCGCCAGGUUCAUUGGAAGACGAAGCAAAAAAUUAUUCUGGUUCCCGGCAAUAGCUCCACUUUUGUCGGUCAUAUUAUCCACCCUGAUUGUAUAUUUAACAAAAGCUGACAAGCACGGGGUGAAGAUAGUAAAACACAUAAAAGGAGGCCUCAAUCCAAGCUCAGUCCAUCAAUUACAAUUCAACAGCCCACAUGUUGCAGAAGCAGCCAAAAUCGGGUUGAUUUCUGCAGUUGUUGCCCUCACCGAAGCCAUAGCAGUUGGCCGAUCAUUUGCUUCAAUCAAAGGAUACCAUUUAGACGGUAACAAGGAAAUGGUGGCCAUGGGUUUCAUGAACCUUGCAGGAUCCCUUACUUCUUGCUAUGUAGCAACUGGUUCAUUUUCAAGGACUGCAGUAAAUUUCAGCGCAGGAUGCCGAACCGUUGUGUCAAAUAUAGUGAUGGCCAUUACAGUGCUUUUGUCAUUAGUGUUGUUUACCAGGCUACUUUAUUACACCCCCGUCGCCAUCCUUGCUUCCAUCAUCUUGUCUGCACUUCCUGGACUUAUUGACAUCAAUGAAGCUUACAAUGUCUGGAAGGUUGACAAACUAGAUUUCCUAGCUUGUUUGGGUGCCUUCCUCGGAGUCUUGUUCAAAUCGGUGGAGAUUGGUCUUCUAGUUGCGGUAACUAUCUCUUUUCUCAAGUUAUUGCUGCUUUCCAUUCGACCAGCCGUUGAACAACUUGGAAGACUUCCAAGGACAGAUAUUUUUUGUGAAGUAGAUCAAUAUCCCAUGGCCAGUAAAACUCCAGGAUUAUUGACACUUCGCAUCAACUCUAGCUUACUAUGCUUCGCCAAUGCCAAUUUUCUCAGAGAAAGAAUAACCAGAUUAGUGACGGAAGAUGAGAAUGAAACAGAAGACACUGCAAAAGACGGAGUUCAAAUCUUAAUCCUCGACCUGAGCAAUGUGCUGAACAUUGACACUUCUGGAAUUCUGGCACUCGAAGAACUGCACAACAAUCUGGUUUCACAAGGCAUAAAACUGGCAAUUGUGAAUCUGAGGUGGCAAGUGAUCCACAAGCUAAAGCUGUCAAAACUUGUGGAGAAAAUUGGAGCCGGUUGGAUUUUCCUCACUGUUGCUGAAGCUGUGGACGCAUGCCUCACUUCUAAAUUGGCAAACAACAACAGCAACUUCUAAUUAAUGGCUUCACACCAUCCGAUACAAGUUCUUGAUUAAUUUCUGUUUAAUCAAGAACAUCAACAAAAUUGAAUAAAAAAUUGUCCUGCCUUCUGUGCAAAUUAUAAUUGGCUUCCAUAAUUUGUAGGUUUAUUGG